AUGGAUGACCUUCCUUGGCUUCGAGUGUUGGUCUUGAGGUCUAACAAGUUUGAUGGUAGCAUGUCACUUCUAUCACAAACCAAGAUUCCAUUUCCUAAUUUGCAAGUGUUAGAUAUAUCUCAGAAUAGAUUUGUGGGUUCUCUGCCUCAAAGAUAUUUCAAGAAUUUCAUAGCAAUGAUAGAGGUUAAUGAAACAAACUUGUCAAAUGACGACACCUUUCGUUUAUAUGUGGAGAUGAGGCUUACCUUGAAAGGAAAUAUACCUUCAUCUCUUGGAAAUAUAAGUGAACUUGAAUCUUUGGACUUGUCAGCGAACAAGUUGGAUGGAGAAAUUCCAAGUGAUUUGACGAGGUUGACAUUUCUAGCAAAAUUAAACCUGUCAAUGAAUAAUCUUGUGGGGCAAAUACCACAGUCUAAGCAGUUUUCCACAUUUGAGAAUGAUUCAUAUAUGGGAAACGAGGGAUUGUGUGGAGUUCCAUUGAUGAGAAAAUGCAACAAGGAAAAUGGGCAGCGGAUGCAGCCAGAAGAAGAUGAUGAUAAAGAAGAAGAGUAUGGAUUUAUAGAUGGAUUUGGAUGGAGAAGUGUGGUGAUGGGAUAUGGAAGUGGAUUCAUAGUUGGAAUUGGAAUUGGUUUCAUUAUCAUUCAAAAAGGAAGGCCAAGAUGGUUAAUGGAAUUCUUUUUCGGCAUUGGAUAUAAUAAUAAGAAGAAGAAGAGACACAACAGAGCUACACCAACACCAACACCAGCACCAACACGCAGGAGAACUUAA